AUGGUGUCCGCAUCGGAAAAAUACUACAUCAAAGACGCAAUCACGAAACCUGCAAUCCACCACGAGUCGUAUGAAAAACUAUGGGAAACCAAAUGGAAGGCACCUUGCGCGAUGGGUGUCUAUCCAUUCAUGUUUGGCAGCAUCAAAGACUUUGAGCCCAUUGCGGAAGAAAUCAUCAAGAAAGGCUUGAAGGAACCUUACGACUGGGAUGAGUACGCUCAGAUGUAUUUCCCCAAGGCCGAAGAACUCAGCAAAAUUGCCGAAGAGGCGGAGAAGGCGGGCGAGAGAGAGAAGGCCUCGGAGUACUACCUGCGCAGCUCUGCCGUCUACCGUAUCUCGCGUUUUCCAACCCCGCGGUCAGAGAAGCAAAAAUAUGCGUGGACAAAGGGGAAAGAGGUCUUCUACAAGGGUGCAGCUUUGAUGGAGCACCCUAUAAAAGAAGUUCGAAUCCCUCACAAGCAUGCAAUCCAGGGCGACGGCGAUGUUGUUCCGGUCAACUUUCUCGUCCCUCCGAAUGCCUCCCCACAAUCUCCCGCUCCUUGCGUCCUCAUCAUCACCGGACUCGACGGCUACCGAACCGAACUGGCAGUGUGGCAACAGGGCUGGCUUCAAAAGGGGGUGGCCACCGUCAUCGCCGAGAUCCCAGGCACUGGCGAUUCCCCGGCCCUUCGUCAAGAUCCCACAAGCCCAGACCGUCAGUGGUCCAGCGUUCUGGACUGGAUUGACACGCAAAAAGAGAUCGACAACAAGAAAAUCAUUGUCUGGGGCUUCUCAACAGGUGGCUAUUAUGCACUCAGACUAGCCCACACGCACAAUGACCGGGUCUUCGCUUGCAUCAGCUUAGGCGGCGGAUGCCACCAUAUGUUUGACAGGGAGUGGCUUGAAAACGUGAACAAGCUCGAGUAUCCUUUCGAUCUCGCCAACACCUUGACCUACAAAUUCGGCUAUCCUGACUUGGAAUCCUUCAUCCAAGAUGCAGCCAAGUUUUCGUUAUUGAACGACGGCACCCUGGAGAAACCGUGUACCAAGGUACUGCUGGUCAACGGUAACGACGACGAAAUAUUCCCGAUCGAUGACAUGUUUGUUGCUCUGGAACACGGCGGACCGAAGCUGGCGAGAAUGGUCAAGGGCAAGAAACAUAUGGGAGAACCGGACAGUUUCUUCAUCAUCUUGAAGUGGAUUUACGGAGUGCUUGGACUGGAAGGGAACAUAAUGGACCAAAUGAAGCUGUUGCCCUCGCGCACGAAAUACUAG